CUGUUUAGGAUGAGAUUCUGUGCGAAAUCAAUGCUUCUCACUCACCGGUUGCUAUUGCUCUACGUUUUAAUGCUGUGCUGCAAGCUGUUGUCUGCCUCCACUCACCAUUCCCGGGGACAUACAGGUCAUCAGGUCAAACAGGGCACGUGUGAAGUUGUUGCUAUCCAUCGAUGCUGCAACAAGAACAAAAUCGAGGAACGGUCACAAACAGUCAAGUGCUCUUGUUUUCCAGGGCAAGUUGCUGGUACGACUCGGGCUCAGCCUUCGUGUGUUGAAGCUUCUAUUGUGAUUCAGAAAUGGUGGUGCCAUAUGCAUCCGUGUCUGGAUGGCGAGGAGUGUAAGGUUCUACCAGAUCUUUCAGGUUGGUCGUGCAGCAGUGGCAACAAGGUCAAAACCACCAAGGCAAGUUCUGCCCCAUUUACUGAAAUGGUAACAAAACAAGGCUGUCAUUCUUCUGCACUGUUUGUAGAUGAAGCGAUGUGA